AUGGCUACAGCUUGUCUGGGUGGGAGCCAGCAGGUCCAGGAUGGUGCUGAGCACCUCUCUUCUCUCUGCCUAGGUGACAUCCACGUGGGCAUGGCUGACCGGAAUGGGCAGCUGGAGGUGGAGGUGAUUCAGGCGAGGGGGCUUAUCCCGAAGCUGGGCUCCAAGUCCGUCCCAGCCACCUAUGUGAAAGUUUAUUUACUGGAGAAUGGAGUCUGCCUCGCCAAAAAGAAGACCAAGGUGGUGAAGAAAACCUGCGACCCGCUGUACCAGCAGGCUCUGCUCUUCGAGGAGAGCCCCCAAGGCAAAGUCCUGCAGGUUAUUGUGUGGGGUGAUUAUGGCCGCAUGGACCACAAGUGCUUCAUGGGGAUGGCCCAGAUCGUCUUGGAGGAGCUCGAUCUCUCCAGCGUGGUCACAGGCUGGUAUAAACUCUUCCCCACCUCCUCGCUGGCAGACUCCAGCAUCGGACCUCUGACGCGCCGCCUCUCCCAGUCCUCCCUGGAGAGCUCCACGAGUCCCUCUUGCCCGUAGGCGGCAGGUUGGUGGGAGAGGCCGGGAGGGGAAAGGAGACAUCCUAACCUACCAAAACUGUUAGUGGAUAGC